AUGUCCUCCAACCCUCCCACCCAGACCACCACGUCUCCGGUCAUCAGUCGGAAUCGCAAUUCCUUUCUUUCCAAGUUUCGCUCCCCGCUCGGUAAUCGAAAUCGAAGCGUCACCGAUUAUUACAUCGAUCUCGACGAUCCCUGGCGCUCCUACUUCCCUGGCGAUGUCAUCAAGGGGACCGUGAUCAUCACCGUCGUUCGCCCCGUCCGCAUCACCCAUAUCGUCGUCUGUCUCCAUGGAUUUGUCAAGGUCUUUAAGAAUGCGAUGCCGGCAGGUGAAGUGGCACCAGAUCUGGGUUAUCUAGGCCCGGGUCGUGGCCGGCGCGGCGCGGAGUACAUGGGCAACGGGUUAGCGAGCUUGUUCGAGGAUGAAGUCGUUCUCUGCGGCGAAGGACGCCUUAAGGAGGGUAUCUACAAGUUUCGUUUCGAAAUGAGCCUCCCACCUUAUGCUCUCCCGAGCAGUAUUAACUUCGAGCGAGGCACUAUCUCCUACUCCCUAACUUCCACCCUCACCCGACCGACCACAAUGAACCCUACACUCACCUGCCGAAGACGGGUCAAUCUUCUAGAAAAUAUCGACAUUGCGCCCUUUCCUGCCCCCAAGGCCCGCAUCGUCACUCUCGAACCAAUCUCAAAACGCUCCAAAUCCAAAGCAAAGGCCAAGUCCGUUGCCUCCGACGCCACCCCAGGACCCGACACAUCCUCUAUAGAUACCCCGGUCAGCGGAACUGCCGCUUCAGUCGACAACCGCCCGCCACUCAGCCCUUCACCUAGCAACGUCAGUUCUUCAAGUCGACCGAGCAACAGCAGCCAGAGCUUUCACAUCGCCAGCGACCCCAGCUCGUCAACGAGUACAGGUGGCGGGCGCAACAGCGAAGGUCGCAGUGCGACCCCGUCUGUCUCAGAUCGCACAAUCACCGCCAAAGCCGAGGUUCUACGUGCAGGUGUGCUACCGGGCGACACACUACCCAUCAAAGUUACUAUCAACCACUUCAAACAGGUGCGCAGCGCGCAAGGCAUUGUUGUUACUCUCUACCGGCAGGGCCGUAUCGAUCUUCACCCUGCCAUCCCGAUAGGUUCCACUGCGAAUGGAAAGAAGCCGGUCUACGAGGAUUGCUAUCCCCGGUCCCGCACAGGGCUUGGUGGAUUGACGUUGGGCACCAGUCGCACCAGCAGUACCUUCCGCAAAGACCUAUCUCAGACAUUCGCACCGCUCAUUGUGGACCCUAGCAACAUGACGGCAACCGUUAAAACAUCCAUCCGAGUUCCCGAGGACGCAUUCCCGACCAUCACUCGCGUGCCCGGCGCCAUGAUCAACUUUCGUUACUACGUGGAAGUUGUGGUUGACCUGCGGGGCAAGAUCACAUCUACCGAUCGUUUUAUCCCACGCUUCAAAAUGGUAUCAGGCGGCAGCAAUUUCUCCCCCAGUGGUCAGGUUCUGAACCCGGCUGACGCUAACGGGAAUAACCUCACCGCCAAUUGGGCGGGAAUAUUUUGGAUACGGAUCAUAUCCGCCGGGAAAAGGGCGUAA